GCAGGCGCAGUGCUGGGGCGACGGUUAGCCGCGCAGGUGCGGUGAAGGGAGGAUGGCGGAGUUGGUACCUUUUGCGGUUCCCACUGAGAGUGACAAAACCUUGUUAGUGUGGGAGCUGAGCUCCGGACCCACGGCCGAGGCUUUGCAUCAUUCUCUGUUCACAGCAUUUUCCCAGUUUGGCCUUCUGUAUUCAGUCCGGGUCUUCCCAAAUGCUGCAGUGGCCCAUCCUGGUUUCUAUGCCGUCAUUAAGUUUUAUUCUGCAAGGGCUGCCCACAGAGCCCAAAAGGCAUGCGACCGGAAGCAGCUUUUUCAGAACUCUCCAGUCAAGGUUUGUCUUGGCACCAGACAUAAGGCAGUUCAACAUCAAGCCCUUGCCCUGAACAGUUCCCAAUGCCAAGAACUGGCAAAUUACUACUUUGGUUUCAAUGGGUGGUCCAAAAGGAUCAUCAAGCUUCAGGAGCUUUCUGACCUUGAAGAAAGGGAAAAUGAAGAUAGCAUGGUGCCACUUCCGAAGCAAAGCCUGAAGUUCUUCUGUGCUUUAGAGGUGGUGUUGCCAUCCUAUGAUUGCAGGAGUCCUGGCACUGGCUUGGUGGAGGAGCCUAUGGAUAAGGUGGAGGAAGGACCGUUAUCAUUCCUUAUGAAAAGGAAGACAGCCCAGAAGCUUGCUAUUCAGAAGGCUUUGUCAGACGCAUUCCAGAAACUGUUGAUUGUUGUUCUAGAAAGUGGUAAAAUAGCUGUGGAGUACAGACCCAGUGAAGACAUCGUAGAUGUCAGAUGUGAAGAAGAACUACACGGUUUAAUUCAAGUCCGUUGCUCUCCCUGGAAGCAGUAUGGCCAAGAGGAGGAAGAGUAUCUCUCGGAUUUCAGCUUGGAGGAGGAAGAGUUCAGGCUGCCAGAACUUGACUAGCAUUUCUGAAUAUCCCCAGGCGAGGUCGCCUUGGGAAGCUUUGCCAUGACCCUACCCCACCCUGCCCCACCACUAUAGGCUGCAGGAGUGAGUCCUGGAACCACCUGGGUCAGCCGCCCAAAUCUUUCCUGGUGAAGGGGAGGGAAGGGGUGUUCUGGUGGAGCGGGAAGGGAGGCUUGGGUAGGAUUGUGGGAUAAGAUCGCCCUGGUGAUGAGCGGAUCUGGAACGGAACUUUGAUAAAGGUUGCCUAGAUAAAGAUAUCGUAAAUAACGGACAAGGUGGGGCCGCGGUUGCUAGGGGCACGAGGUUGCUAGGGGUGCGGGCGUCUGGGGGCUGCCAUAAUGGUUUCCACUCAGUGCGGGACGCCAACGUAUGUCAUAUACUGGCUGCGUCUCUGGUUCCUAUGGCCCCUCCUCACGUGACAACUACUGUGGCUACUAGUCCAGGAGGCUCAGCCUCUCGAGUGGGUCCAGGGCCCACUCCAGCUGACCUCUGACCCCCUGAGGCCAACUGAGCCCUGGUCUUGGCGCUCCUCUGAUCCCCCCUCCCGGAAUCUCCCCCAUGCGCUUAUCCACCCCCACCCCCAUACAGACCCGGGGGGCUUUGAUAACCUGGGGUACUCCUACCCAGAUGUCAGCCUCACCUCAGCAACCGACUGAGACUUUGGUUCCAUUUCUGGACACGGAUUCAGCUGGAGAGCUGUCCCUGGGGCCAGAGAAGUUCGCUGCUGCACACCAGGAUGAUAAGCUGACUCACAAGAAAGGCUCCCAGAGUUGGUUGCAAUGCUAGACUGGGAUCAGAACCAGAUGCUAGCUCGGCCUCUUUGCCUCAAAAGUAAGGUUCAAACUGUAGGUCUAGAUCAGGCUGCAGAUGAUCAGGCAUAUGAAAUACUUGUUCCACCUCUAGAUAGUCAGAAUUCAAAAGCAAUGAAGAUUAGUGUUUCGCCCAAAAACCUGAAGAAAGAUCUAGCUAAGCAUCAGAGGCUUGCUAAGGUUUUUGUUGAAAUUCCACACCGAUUUAUAUCAAAACCUCAGCAUCAGAAACAAACUUUACAGGAUGAGCAUUUAGAUUCAAGUAUGGAUAUACAAUAUCUGGGAAGCCUGUCUCCAGAACUCCAGGUGAACUCAGAUGAGCCUCCAGGGCCCUCUGAGCAAGUUGGGCUCUCAAUUCCAUCUAGAGCCUGAAACUCAAAAUCCAGAGACCCUUGAACAGAUCCAGUCAUCUUCACUCCAGCAAAAAGCCCCAGUGCAGCUUCCAUAGCUCCCUGAGGAGGUAGAACCUUCUUCAACCCAGCAGGAGGCCCCAGCUCUGCCUUCACAGUCCCUUAAGGGGCUCCACUCUUCAACAGAGCAGGAGGCCCCAGCACAGCAGCUACCUGUCUCAAGAGACUGUAGCUCAGCCAUCAAUACAUCAUCAGGUAAAUGUUCCAUUAAAAGUUGGAGUGAAGCUCAGCACUCACACUUGCCCAAUGUCACAGUCAAACCUGUGGAUGUGGAGCUUACAGUAAUUCAACAGCCAGGUAAGGAACUUACAUCAAGCCAGGAACAAGCCGCAGCUCAGCCUCCAGAGCAUCCCGAGGAGAUGGACCCUUCCUCAACCUCAAUUAGAGGACCCAGCUCAGACACCAGACCACCCUGAGGAGACGAAGCCAUCUGUAACCCAGCAAGGAAACCCAGCUGAGCCUCCAGUUCCUCCUGUGGAGGCCAAACCUUCUCCAAGUAAGCAGGAACAGCCAGAUCAGCCUUCUGAGUUUCCUGGGGAGGUUGAACCUUCCCGGACCCAGCAGGAGGCCACCGCUCAGCCUCCAAAGUCCUCUAUGGAGAGUGCAGAUCAAACUGCACUGAAUCAUGAGGUGACAGUUCAAACUCAGGGUGAGAAUCAAGCUCAUUUUACAACAUGACAGUUAAACCUGUGGAUGUAGAGAUUACCAUAACUUCAGAACCUAUCAAAGAGAUUAAAUAUUCUGCAGCCCAGCAGGAGGUCCCAACCCAGCCUCCAGAGGGAGUGGAAACUUCUGCAAACCAACAGGAUUUAACUGAGCUUCCAAGUCCUGUGGAGGAUGAAUCUCCCCCGAGUGAGCAAGAAGAGACAGCUCAGACUUCUGAGUCUUCAGGGGAGGUUGAAUCUUCUCCAGCCCAGCACAAGACCCCAGCUCAGCCUCCAGAACAUCAUGAAGUAACAGUUUCACCUCCAGGUCACCAUCGAGCUCAGCAUUCAGAUUUGCCCAAUGUCACUGUUAAGCCUCCAGUUAUACAGCUCACCACAGCAACAGAGCCUACUGCAGAGGUGGGAACUUCUCCAAUCCACCAGGAGGCUACAGCUCAGCUCUCAGGGCCAGUUAAUGACGUGGAACCUUACACGACCCAGCACGGGGGCCCAACUCUGCCUCCAUAGUCAUCAGAAGGUGACUUUACCAGUUCAACAGGAGACUUCAGUUCAAUCUCCAGCUAUUAAAGAUGAGAACCUCUCUCCAGCCCAGCAGAAGGCUGCUGCUGAGUAUCCACAGAUGCCUGAGGAGGUUGAGUCUUCUCUAACACAGCAAUAGGCCCCAGCUUAGCCUUCAGAGAUCCCUAAUGAAGUUGUAGCUAAUCUCCAGCGCAUCAUGAGGUAACAGUUUCUGUAAGUCAUGAUCAAAUUCAGCCUCCAACAUUGCACAAUGACACUGUGAAACCUGUGGAUCACAUGGUAACCAUGACUCCAGAGUUCACCUAACAGGUUGAAAUUUUAACCAAACACAGGGCCCCAGCUCAGUCCUCAAUGUUCCUUUAGCAAUUUCAGCAUUUGAAAGACCAGCAAGAAAUGAUUACUCAGCAGCUAAAUACCCCUGAAAAUGAUGAACUUCCUCCAGUCCCUCAAGAGCCCAAAACUCAGUCUCCAACUCAGCUCUCCUCAGACUUUGUAAGGUCAUUGAAUGAUGAGAUGGUAUUUUCACCUCUAGAUCUAUCUUGAAUAUUCAGAAAUAAUUCAACUUUCCCUAAUACCACAGUUAAAAAUAUGGAUAUGGACCUCACCAUACCUACAGAAGUCACUAUGGAGGUUGAACCUUCCCCAGUCCAGCAGGACAAUCCUCCUAUUCCCACUAAGUAGGCUGACUUUUCUCCAACAGCAUGAUACCCCUUCCCCACCUCUGGAUUCUCCUGAAAAGAUUGAAUCUCCAUCACAGCAAGAGGCCACAGCUCAGACCCCAGAUUCCCCUAAAGGGGUGGAAUUUUCUCCAGUCCAGCAAGAGUCCCCAGCUGAGGCACCAGAGCUCCCUAAGGAGGUUGAACCAUCUGCAACCCAGCAGGAAGCCUCAGGUCAUCCUCCAAAGUCCACUGCAGAGGUCAGUCCACCAUAGCUGGAGAUACCAGCUCAGCCAUCAGCCACCUGAGAAGGUCAAACCAUCUUCAGUCCUACAGCAGGUCUCAACUCAGCUUUUAGAGCCACCUGAAGAGGUAGAAUCCUCUCUAGUCCAGUAGACAGUGCCUGCUCAGUCUUCAGAGCCCCCUAUGGUGGUAGAAUCCUCUUUGACAGAGCAGAUGGCCCCAUCUUUGCCUCCAAAUCUCCCUCAGGAGGUGGAACCAUUUCUGACUCAGCAGGAGGUUCCAACUCAGACUCCAGAGCCCCCUAUGGAGACAAAACCUUCUCCAGCUCAGCAGGAGGCCACAGUUCAGGCUCCGGAGCCUCCUAAGGAGGCAGAACCUUCAAGUCAGCAGAUGGUCCCAGCUCAGCUUCCAGAGCCCCCUAAGGGGGUUGCAGCUCAACCUCUAAUGCAUUAUGAGAUGACAAUUGUAACAGCAAGCCAGGACCAAGCUCAGUAUCCAACAUUAUGAGAUGACAAUUCCAACAGCAGGCCAAGACCAAGCUCAGUAUCCACUGUCACCCAGUGUCACAUUUCAACCUUUACACCUGGAGCUUACCAUAACUCCAGAACCCACUAUGGGGGCUGAUCAUUAUAUAAUGCUGAGGAUGACUACAGCUCCUCCAAAACACCCUGAGGUGACCCUUCCACCUUCAGACCAUGUGCAGGCUUAGCACACAAACCUGAGGCCACAGUGCAACCUUUGGAUCUGAAAUUUGCCACGAAUCAACAACCUAUACAGAGGGUAUAUUUUCUCCAACCAUGGAGAAUUCAACUCAGCUUCCAGAGCCACCUAUGGAGGUUGUAACUCAACCUCCAGCUCAUUAUGAGGUGACAGUUCCAAUACAAGGUCAGGAUCAAGCUCAGCAUUCAACACUGGCCAGUGUCACACUUCAACCUUUGGACCUGGGGCUUACCAUCGCUCCAGAAUCCACUACAGAGGUUGAACUUUCUCCAGCCAUUCAGGAGACCGCAACUCAGCAUCCUCAGGAAGUUAUACCUUAACUCCAGUAUUUCAAGAGGUAACAAUUUCAACACCAGGUCAGGAUCAACCUCAGCAUUGAAUAUCACCCAUGAUUACAGUUAAAUUUCUGGACCUGGGACUUACCAUAACUCCAGAACCCACUACAGAGGUUGAACAUUCUACACCCCUGAAGAAGACUAUAAUUCCUCCAAAGCACCCUGAGGUGACACUUCCACAUCCACACCAGGUUCAGACUUAGCAUUCAAACCUGACUCAAGUCACAUUUCAACCUUUGGAUCUGAAACUUAACUCCAGAAUACUCUAUGGAGGUUGAACCUUCUUCAACCAUGGAUAAGACCCCAACUCAGCCUCCAGGGCUACCUAAGGAGGUUGUAAUUCACCCUCCUGGGUAUUAUUAUGAGAUGUCUGUUCCAACACAAGGCCAGGAUCAAGCUAAUCAUCCAACAUCACCCAGUGUCACAGUUCAACCUUUGGAUCUGGGGCUUACCAUUACUCCACAAUUCACUACAAAGGUUGAACCUUCUAGAGCCAUGAUGACUACAGCUUCUCUGCCAAAGCACCCUAAGGUGACACUUCCACCACGAGACAAGGGUCAAUGCUCAGCAUUCAAACCAGACCCAAGUCACAGAUCAACUUUUGGACUUGGAACUUACCAUAAAUACAAAACCUACUACGGGGGUGAACCUUUUCCAACCACAGAGGAGACCUCAACUCAGCCUCCAGACCUGGGGCUUGCCAUAACUCUAGACCCCAUACAGACAUUGAACAUUCUACAGCCCUGGACAAGACUACAGCUCCACGUCCAGACCAGGGUCAGACUCAGCAUCAAAACCUGACGGAAGUCAGAGGUCCACCUUUCAACUAGAACCUACUCAGGAUUCAUUGGUUCAGUCUGAAAGUUAUGCCCAAAAUAAGGCUUUAACUGCACAAGAGAAACAGAAGGCUUCCACAAGCACCAACAUAUGUGAUCUCUGUACCUGCGGAGAUAAGACACUGUCAUGUAUUGACAUCAGCCCAAAGCAGAGGCUCCACCAAGUGCCUGUGCCAGAGCUCAGCACCUACAAUGGCACCUUCAUCAUCUUGUAAGAAUCACCUUUCCUCAGUUGUUCUCUGUGUCUUGCCUGACAUGGCAGCUUUUUCCUGGAGGCCUUCCUGGACCUUCUUUAUCUCACCAAACCACAUGGACAACUGACUUUCUGCUUUUGCCUGUCAUCUCUUCCUUCUCUUCACUCUCCUUUACUGUUAGGACCCUUCUCUGAUCUUUUACUUGUGAUUGCUCUUAAUCCUUUUCUUAUCCAUUUUUCUUUAGCCCCAUCACAUCAUUUGCUUAACUGCUGCUCUCCUCCUAUGUGCACUUCACCCUCUUUACAGCAGUCUGUCUCUCCAUCUCAGUGAUAGUGCUCUAGGUGGUUAAGAGUUGAUUCUGAAGCCAGGUUACUGGGUUUGAACCCCGGUCUGUCAUUUGUUAGCUUGGUUACCCUGAACAAGUUAUUCUUCUCUGUGACUCAGUUUCCUCAUCUUUAAACUGGGGAUUAUGCUAGUUAACAUUUCAUAGGAUUGUUGUGAAAUUUAGGUGAGUGAAUACCUGUGAUACUUGCAUCACUGCCUAGUAUAUGUAGGAGUGGUGGCUGUUAACAUGGUUACUUAGCUCUUUAGUUAUGUCCAGAACUCAUUUUGUCCCUGACUUUCUAUGUGUAGCACCCAUUUUGUGUCCAACCCAGGGACAAGUAUGACACUGUCUCCGGAACAUGAAAAUGAUAGAAGAAAAAGAAUAAGCAUAAAAAUGGAGGUGUAAAUAAUAAAGUACCAAAACAUAAUGCAGACCAUCAGUGCUAGAAUUCACCAGAAUCUGUGAUCCUUGAAUUAUGGAGGUCAGGGGAAGCUGCAUCAGUAAAUUAAAACUUUACCUGGGGCUUAAAAAUUAGCUAUAACUUGUUAAAUAAGAAAAAAUAGGAGUACAGUCUAGGCAAAGGCAUAGUUACAGGUAUUGUCAAAAUUGAGUAGAACGACCCACAGCUCAGCCUCCAGAGAAACCCGAGGAGGUAGACUCUUCCUCAACCCAAUUAGAGGCCCCAGCUCAGACACCAGAGCACCCUGAGGAGAUUACAUCUUCAGCAACCCAGCAAGUGACUCCGGCUGAGCCUCCAGGUCCUCCUGUGGCAGCUGAACCUUCCUCCAGUAAGCAGGAGCAGCCAGCUCAGCCUUCUGAGUUUCCUGGGGAGGUUGAACCUUCUCAGACCCAGCAGGAGACCCCAGUUCAGCCUCCAGAGUCUUCUAUGGAGAGUGCAGUUCAAACUCCACCGAAUCAUGGGUGACAAUUUGACCUCAGGGUGAGGAUGGAGCUCAUUAUACCUUGCCAAGCAUUACAGUUAAGCCUGUGGAUGUAGAGAUUAGCGUAACUUCAGAGCCUACAAAGGAUAACGAAUCUUCUCCAGUCCAGCAGGAGGCCCCAACCUAGCCUGCAGAGGAGGUGGAAACUUCCACAACCCAAGAGGAGGCCCCAACUGAGCCUCCAUGUUCUCCUGUGGAGACUGAUCCUUUUCCCGGUGAGCAUGAGCAGUCAGCCCAGCCUCCUGAGUCUCCUGGGAGGUUGAAUUUUCUCCAACCCAGCAGAAGAUUCCAGCUCAGCCUUGAAAACAUUAUGAGGUAACAGUUUUCCAGGUCACCAUCAAGCUCACUCCUUAAUGUCCCCUGAGAAGUUUAACCAUUUGAAAGAUGAGCAAGAGAUUAUCAUUCAGCAGUUAACUACCCCUGAAAAUGAUGAACUUUCUCCACUUGCUCAAAAGCCCACAACUUGGUCUCCAGCUCAGCUCUCCUCAGACAUUGUAAGUCCAUUGAAUGAUGAGAUGGAAUUUUUCACCUGAAGAUCUGUCUUCAAUAUUCAGAAAUAAUUCAACUUUGCCUAAAAUCACGGUAAAAAUGUGGAUGUAGAGUUUACCAUACCUACAGCAGUCACUAUAGAGGUUGAACCUUCUCCAGUCCAGCAGGACAACCCUCCUAUUUCCAGUGAGCAGACUGACUUUUCUCUAGCCCAGCCUGAUUCCCCUUUCCUACCUCUGGAGUCUCCUGAAGAGAGUGAAUCUUCAGCCCAGCAAGAGGCUACAGCUCAGACUCCAAAUCCCCCUAAGGAGGUAGAACCUUCUGCAGUCCAGCGAGAGUUUCCAGCUGAGCCAACAGAGCCUGUUAAGGAGGUUGAACCAUCUACAACCCAGCAGGAAGCCUCAGGUCAUCCUCUGAAGUCCACGAAAGAGGUCAGUCCUCCACCAAAGCAGGAGAUACCAGCUCAGCCAUCAGAGCCACCUGAGAAGGUUGAACUAUCUCCAGUCCUACAGCAGGCCCCAACUCAGAUUUUAGAGCCACUUAAAAGGGUAGAAUCUUCUCCAGUCCAGCAGGCAGUCCCUGCUCAGUCUUCAGAGCCCUCUAUCGUGGUAGAACCCUCUCCAGUCCAGCAGAUAGCCCAUCUUUGCCUCCACAGCUCCCUCAGCAAGUGGAACCCUCUCUAACUCAGCAAAACUUUCCAGCUCAGACUCCAUACCCCCUAAGGAGGCAGAGCCUUCUCCAAAGCAGCAGGAGGCCACAGUUCAGGCUUCAGAGCCCCCCAGAAAUAUAGAACUUUCAAGCCAGCAGAUGGUCCCAGGUCAGCUUUCAGAGCCACCUAAGCAGGUUGCAGCUCAACCUCCAAUGCAUUAUGAGAUGAUAAUUUCAACAGCAAGGCAGGACCAAGCUCAGUAUCCAUUAUCACCCAGUGUCACAUUUCGACCUUUAGACCUAGGGCUUACCAUAACUCCAGUAUCCACGAAGGAGGCUGAGCAUUUGACAACCCUGAGGAAAACUGCAGUUCCUCCAAAACACCCUGAAGUGACUCUUCCAACUCCAGACCAUGUGCAGGCUCAGCACAUAAACCUAACUGAGGUCCCAGUUUAAAUUUGGAUCUGAAGCUUACCACAACUCCACAACCUACUACAGAGGGUAUAUUUCCUCCAACCAUGGAGAACUCAAAUCAACUUCCAGAACCACCUAUGGAGGUUGUAGCUCAACUUCCAACAUUAUGAGGUGACAGUUCCAACACAAGGUCGGGAUGAAGCUCAGUAUUCAACACUGGCCAGUGUCACACUUCAACUUUUGGACCUGGGGUUUAUCAUCACUCCAGAAUCCACUACAGAAAUUGAACUUUCUCCAACCAUGCAGGAGACCCCAACUCAGCCUCCUAAGGAAGUUGUACCCCAACCUCCAGUAUAUCAAGAGAUGAGUCUUCUAACACCAGGUCAGGAUCAAGCUCAGCAUCCAAUGUCACCUAGCGUUACAGUUCAACCUCUGGACCUGGUGGACUUACCGUAACUCCAGAACCCACUACAGAGGUUGAACAUUCUACACCCCUUGAAAAGACUAUAGUUCCUCCAAAGCACCCUGAGAUGACACUUCCACAUCUACACCAGGUUCAGACUCUACAUUCAAACGUGAUUCAAGUCACAGUUCAACCUUUGGGUCUGGAACUUACCUUAACUCUAUGGAAGUUGAAUCCUCUAUGGAGGUUGAACCUUCUCCAACCAUGCAGAAGAGCCCAACUCGGCCUCCAGAGCUACCUAAGGAGUUUGUAGCUCAACCGCCUGUGUAUUUUCAUCAGAUACCCAUCCCAACACCAAGCCAGGAUCAAGCUCUGCCCUUCUACAGCCCUGAUGACUACAGCUGCUCCUCCAAAGCAUCCUGAGGUGACACAUCCACCUCCAGACAAGAACCAGGCUCAGCAUCCAAACCUGACUCAAUUCACAGUUCAGUCUUUGGACCUGGAGCUUACCAUAACUGCAGAACCUACUACAGAGGUUAAAACUUCUCCAACCAUGGAGGAGACCUCAACUCAGCCUUGAGACCUGGGGCUCGCCCUAACUCCAGAACCCACUACAGAGACUGAACAUUCUGCAGGCCUGGACAAGACUACAGCUCCACAUCCAGACCAAGUUCAGACUCAGCAUUGAAAGCUGACCGAAAUCACACUUUCACCUUCCGAACUGGAACCUACUCAGAAUUCACUGGUGCAGUCUGAAAGUUAUGCCCAAAAUAAGGCUUUAACUGCACAAAAGGAACAGAAGGCCUCUACAGGCACCAACAUAUGUGAGCUCUGUACCUGCAGAGAUGAGACACUGUCAUGUAUUGAUCUCAGCCCAAAGCAGAGGCUCCACCAAGUGCCUGUAGCAGACCCCAGCACCUACAAUGACACCUUCACCAUCUUGUAAGAAUCAUCUUUCCUCAA